CCGUACGGUCUACUAAAGUAGAGCUCAUACGCGCGUUGUAGCGGAAUGUAUUGAACUCAGUUUUUCUUUUCAGUGUUAUCGUAAGCAAAGACAAAAUCAAACACAAUGUAUGAUCAGGAUGAAGACAUCCAGUACGAUGAAGACGAUGAUGAGAUUACACCUGACCUUUGGCAGGAAGCCUGUUGGAUUGUAAUCAGCUCCUACUUCGAUGAGAAAGGCCUGGUACGACAGCAGCUGGACUCAUUUGAUGAAUUCAUUCAGAUGUCCGUUCAGAGGAUUGUGGAGGAUGCUCCACCCAUAGAUCUGCAGGCUGAGGCUCAGCACACCUCCGGUGAGGUGGAGGAACCGCCACGGUACUUGCUGAAGUUUGAACAGAUCUACCUGUCCAAGCCCACCCACUGGGAAAGAGAUGGAGCUCCCUCUCCCAUGAUGCCCAACGAGGCUCGACUACGCAACCUCACCUACUCGGCUCCUUUGUAUGUGGACAUUACCAAGACCAUCAUAAAGGAGGGAGAGGAGCAGCUUCAGACACAGCACCAGAAAACCUUCAUCGGCAAGAUACCCAUCAUGCUCCGCUCCACCUACUGUUUGCUCAGCGGGCUGACGGACCGUGAUCUGUGUGAGCUGAAUGAGUGUCCGCUGGACCCAGGCGGCUACUUUAUCAUCAAUGGCUCCGAGAAGGUUCUCAUUGCUCAGGAGAAAAUGGCCACCAAUACAGUCUAUGUGUUUGCUAAGAAAGACUCGAAAUAUGCGUACACGGCAGAGUGCAGGUCCUGCCUUGAGAAUUCAUCCAGACCCACCAGCUCAAUCUGGGUCAGCAUGAUGGCCAGAGGGGGACAGGGAGUAAAGAAGAGUGCUAUUGGUCAGAGGAUUGUCUCCACCCUACCAUACAUCAGACAGGAAGUGCCCAUCAUCAUUGUGUUCAGAGCCCUGGGCUUUGUGUCCGACAGGGACAUCCUGGAGCACAUCAUCUAUGACUUUGAUGACCCAGAGAUGAUGGAGAUGGUGAAGCCGUCUCUAGACGAGGCCUUUGUAAUCCAAGAGCAGAACGUGGCUCUGAACUUCAUUGGCUCCAGAGGAGCCAAGCCCGGCGUCACCAAGGAGAGGAGGAUCAAGUAUGCCAAGGAGGUGCUGCAGAAAGAGGUCCUGCCCCACGUGGGCGUCUCCGACUUCUGCGAGACCAAGAAAGCCUACUUUUUAGGUUAUAUGGUGCACAGACUCCUGCUUGCGGCCCUUGGCCGAAGGGAGCUGGACGACAGAGAUCACUACGGCAACAAAAGGCUGGACCUGGCGGGACCUCUCUUGGCAUUCCUCUUCCGAGGAAUGUUCAAGAACCUGCUGAAGGAGAUCCGGAUCUAUGCACAGAAGUUCAUCGACCGUGGCAAGGACUUCAACCUGGAGCUGGCCAUCAAGACCCGCAUCAUCUCGGACGGCCUCAAGUACUCGCUGGCCACGGGCAACUGGGGCGAUGUCAAGAAGGCCCACCAGGCCCGAGCCGGAGUGUCGCAGGUGCUGAACAGGCUGACGUUCGCCUCCACACUGUCGCACCUGCGCCGCGUCAACUCGCCCAUCGGCCGAGACGGCAAGCUGGCCAAGCCCCGGCAGCUGCACAACACGCUGUGGGGGAUGGUGUGCCCAGCAGAGACACCCGAGGGCCACGCCGUAGGCCUGGUGAAGAACCUGGCACUGAUGGCGUACAUCUCUGUGGGCUCCCAGCCAUCCCCUAUCCUGGAGUUCUUGGAGGAGUGGAGCAUGGAGAACCUGGAGGAGAUCUCACCUGCAGCCAUUGCAGAUGCGACUAAGAUCUUUGUGAACGGCUGCUGGGUGGGUAUUCACAAGGACCCCGAGCAGCUGAUGAACACACUCAGGAAGCUCAGAAGACAGAUGGACAUCAUCGUGUCUGAGGUAUCUAUGAUCCGGGACAUCCGAGAGCGAGAGAUCCGGAUUUACACAGAUGCUGGCAGGAUCUGCCGGCCACUGCUCAUCGUGGAGAAACAGAAGCUACUGCUGAAGAGACGCCACAUCGACCAGCUGAAAGAGAGAGAGUACAACAACUACAGUUGGCAGGACUUGGUGGCAAGUGGAGUGGUGGAAUAUAUCGACACAUUGGAGGAGGAGACAGUUAUGCUGGCCAUGACCCCUGAUGACCUCCAGGAGAAGGGCGUGGCCUACUGCUCCACCUACACUCACUGCGAGAUCCACCCGUCCAUGAUCCUGGGAGUUUGUGCAUCCAUCAUACCCUUUCCCGAUCACAACCAGUCCCCCAGGAACACCUACCAGUCCGCCAUGGGCAAGCAGGCCAUGGGCGUCUACAUCACCAACUUCCACGUUCGCAUGGACACCCUGGCCCACGUGCUCUACUACCCACAAAAGCCUCUGGUCACCACACGCUCCAUGGAGUACCUGCGCUUCCGAGAGCUUCCAGCAGGCAUCAACUCCAUCGUGGCCAUUGCAUCGUACACGGGCUACAACCAGGAGGACUCGGUGAUCAUGAACCGCUCGGCUGUCGACCGGGGCUUCUUUAGGUCUGUGUUCUACCGGUCCUACAAGGAGCAGGAGUCAAAAAAGGGCUUUGACCAGGAGGAGAACUUUGAGAAGCCCAGACGUGAGGAGUGCCAAGGCAUGCGGCAUGCUAUCUACGACAAGCUGGAUGACGAUGGGCUGAUCGCGCCGGGCGUGCGCGUGUCCGGCGAGGACGUCAUCAUCGGGAAGACGGUCACCCUGCCUGAGAACGACGAUGAGCUGGACAGCACCAACCGCCGCUACACCAAGAGAGACUGCAGCACCUUCCUCCGGACCAGCGAGACCGGCAUCGUGGACCAAGUCAUGGUCACCAUAAACCAGGAGGGCUACAAGUUCUGCAAGAUCCGGGUGCGCUCUGUUCGGAUCCCUCAGAUCGGAGACAAGUUCGCCAGUCGUCACGGACAGAAGGGAACGUGUGGAAUUCAGUACAGGCAGGAGGACAUGCCAUUCACGUGUGAGGGCAUCACCCCGGACAUCAUCAUCAACCCUCAUGCCAUCCCCUCCAGAAUGACAGUCGGCCACUUGAUCGAGUGCCUACAGGGGAAGGUGUCUGCCAACAAAGGGGAGAUCGGAGAUGCCACACCGUUCAACGAUGCCGUGAACGUGCAGAAGGUCUCCAACCUGCUCUCCGAGUAUGGCUACCAUCUGAGGGGGAACGAGGUGUUGUACAACGGAUUUACGGGACGCAAGCUCACCUCGCAGAUUUUCAUCGGACCCACUUACUACCAGCGGCUCAAGCACAUGGUGGAUGAUAAGAUCCACUCACGGGCGCGCGGGCCUGUGCAGAUCCUCAACAGACAGCCCAUGGAGGGCCGAUCACGCGACGGCGGCCUGCGUUUUGGAGAGAUGGAGCGUGACUGCCAGAUUGCUCACGGCGCAGCUCAGUUCCUGCGCGAGCGUCUGUUCGAGGCCUCCGACCCCUACCAGGUGCACGUAUGCAACCUGUGCGGCCUGAUGGCCAUCGCCAACACACGCACGCACACCUACGAGUGCAGGGGCUGCCGCAACAAGACCCAGAUCUCGCUGGUCCGACUGCCGUACGCCUGCAAGCUUCUGUUUCAAGAGUUAAUGUCUAUGAGCAUCGCCCCCCGCAUGAUGACCACAUGAACACCCGCACCUGUGCAUCAUGGGAAACUGGAGGAGCCAGGCUCGCUGUUUA